AUGCGCCUUUCUGUCCUCACAACGACCACAGCAUUGGCCACCGCUGCCGCAGCGCAGCAGUGCGACUACGGAAAGGGCCACAGCUGCAUCAACCCGGACGCCAGCAGCGCCUCCGUCCUGCUGCCCAUCCCGACGCUCUUCCCCAACACGCCGCCCUCCUUCGUCUUCGCCAUCGACGACCUCGAGCACUCCGACAUCAUCGCCAUCACCGCCGCCAACAAGGACGUCACCGUGCCCAGCGCCUCCGCCAACGGGCCCAUCCAGGCCGUCUCGUGGUGGCUGCAGUUCAACAACGGUACCGCCAACGCCACGCGCGCCCAGGAGCGCGCGUACACGGCGUGGGCGCUGGAAUCCAACUCGACGAGCGACAUCAGCGGCGCGGACGGCGGCUGCGAGGGGUUGCUGGGGAGCGACUGCGUGCAGGACCUGAAGACGCUCUUCACGGACAAGAACACGCUGACGACCGGAUCGUCGGUCGUCGGCGGCGCGCUCAUGAAGUUCUUCGCCACGCCGCCGAAGAACCUGCGCUGCCCGAGCAUCUUCUGGGGCGACGGCUCCGGCCGUGAUCUGACGCUGUACGGCACCUCGGACACGCGGCCGCUGAUACCUAACUCGGAAUACAUCGCGCGCAUGUCGGAAAAGUACCUCCUCGGCAAGACCCCCGUGCCGGGCAACGCGUCGUACACGCACGGCCGCACCACAAUGCGCUUCCGCUCGCUCGAUGCGCAGAAGAAGCUCGCCAUCGUCGCCUUUUCCCUGGGCUACCCGGCAGGCGGGCCGGGCGACCGCGCCGACAACACGCUGAGCAUGGCCUGCUUGCGCAUUGGACAGGCGGACAAGAGCAGUGGCGGCGGCGGCGGUGGUGGUGGUGGUGGUGGCAAGGACAGCGCGGCUGGCAGGCGGGGGGUUGGUGUGGCCACGCUCGCUGUCACGCUGGCCAUGAUGCUACUGGCUUUUUGA